CGCGACGUUGCGGCGGCGGCCGCCUCGGGCGGACCGGUUCCAAGAGCGCGGUCGGGCAGCACACCAACAUCGGUUGGGACGGAAACGUAUGAUCAGCGUGCCGUCCCACCACCCAUAGGCGCGGGGUAUAGCCGUCGUCCGCGCAAUGCGACGCCCCCAUUUCAGCCUGGGCCCCGAGCGAGGACCUCGCAAGAUUUAUUUUCAUCGAGUGCAGUUAGUACCCAGCCCUCUGGUGCACAACAUCUCCAGCAAUCGGACUUUCCGCGGUUCGGUAGGUCAGCGAAGGCGAGCGCCGCCGCCCCUACCUACGCAGAGAAGCUGAAGCAGCCAGACAAGCGCACGAGCCCGACGCAGCAAAGGCAAAAUUUAGUGCAGGAGGAGACCUUUCCCGCGAUGAGCGAAGCUGGUCCUGGGCCUGCCCGCGGUCACCAAACCGGUCGCAGUCGUGUUUCGUCCGGUGGUGCCUCGAUGAGCAGCGGAUAUUCAUCCGGGCAUCAACCACCAGACGGCUCUCCGCAGUGGCAUCAAACGCUGCUGAGCCCGGGACAAUCGGCACGACCGGUGGUGGAGGAUCUGCUAGAUAUUUUCAAAGAAAAUUCUGGGUCGUCGACCCUCCCGUCCGAUGCGCUGGUGCGGCUGUGGCAGACGGGGGCAUCUACCACCUCCACGGUGGGCGCCGUGGGAAAUAGUGGAUCUUCUGAUGCACGAGGACCCCAGCUGUCGCAGUUCUUUUUUUUAAAGAAGAAACCUCCGCGCUCCGGGACGAGCAAAUCCACCACGCGCGACCACGCCUGGGUGUUCGAACUGUUGGAAGAGGUGCGGGCGAAAGACGCAACCAAGGCACAGCAAGUUUUCCAGCGGCUGCUGGAAGCCGCGGAGGGAAAUUUAGAGGUGGUCACCGAACUGUGCAGGUGGAAAGGCUGGUGCGCAGGCGGCGCAAGCCCGACGUCGGUGCUUGAGGUGGUCGCGCAGCAACCGAUUUUCUGGCGCAGCCAGAACCUCCCGCUGCACGAACUGCUCAACCUGGUGGAGAAAAAGGCGGAAAUCGCACAGGACGGAGAUAGUACCACAAAUGCCUCGUCGCCUAUGCGUCGCGGUCCGAACAACAAGUCAUCUGCAGGGAACAAGAUGAAAAAAGGCGUGAAGUGCCCCACGGUGUCCACUAAAGUUCGGCAAGUCGACCACUGUGCGGGCGCUGCGGAGGUGGAGCCGUUUGUCUUGGACGUACUGCAAAACGGUACGUGGCGGGACUACAUCGCAACGCAGCUACGCACUUGGGCGGAACGACUUGCGACGAUUGAUUCUAUGGACGAGGGUUCUUUUCAGUACAACACCAUCGAGCGGUGGCACUACUGUUGCAUCCAAUGGCGGCCUCGCUACGCCAGGUCGGGCUCCAACGGGAGCAGUGACGAGGGCAGUGCGAGUGGGAGUAGUAAUGCGUACCUGGGUCACGGCGCAGAACCAGAAGUAGAGGAUGCCCCGGACAUCAUUUUUGAAUCCUUGGGCUACGGCACGGACAAAUUCGAAGCGGAGACGGUGGGCUACGCGCGCGUUCUGGAACAGCUCGGGUUGUGCCGGGACUUUUUGGACAUCCGCAAGGCGCAUCUGCAGAAGACUUUGGAGCAGGGCGUCCUGCACUUUCUGCCCGCGAUUUUUUGGGAGCGC